GUGGACUCUCACUACUGUCCCAGCUGCCUGGAAAACAUGCCUUCAGCUGAAGCCAAGCUGAAAAAGAACAGGUGUGCUAACUGCUUUGACUGCACUACCAUGAAGAAAGCAUAUUACUUGGCCUGUGGAUUUUGCCGCUGGACUUCUCGGGAUGUGGGCAUGGCAGACAAGUCUGUUGCUAGCGGUGGCUGGCAGGAGCCGGAAAAUCCUCACACACAGAGGAUUAACAAACUGGUAGAGUACUAUCAGCAGUUGGCUCAGAAAGAGAAGAUCGAGCGGGACCGGAAGAAGCUAGUGCGGCGCCGAAACUACAUGCCCCUGGCCUUUUCGGACAAAUAUGGCUUGGGAACCAGGCUUCAGCGCCAGAGGCCCGGUGCACCGAUCAGUGCCCUCGCUGGACUCUCGCUGAAAGAAGGAGAGGACCAGAAGGAGAUCAAGAUUGAGCCAGCUGAUGCAGUGGAAGAAGUGGAACCUCUUCCUGAGGAUUACUACACAAGACCAAUCAAUCUGACAGAAGUGACGACUCUGCGUCAGCGUCUGCUGCAGCCUGACUUCCAGCCGAUCUGUGCGUCCCAACUCUACCCACGUCAUAAGCAUCUCCUGAUCAAACGCUCGCUGCGCUGUCGGAAAUGUGAACAUAACCUGAGCAAACCGGAAUUCAAUCCAACAUCUAUCAAAUUCAAGAUCCAGCUGGUUGCUGUUAACUAUAUCCCUGAAGUGAGAAUCAUGUCUAUUCCCAACCUGCGCUACAUGAAGGAGAGCCAAGUCCUUCUGACUCUCACCAAUCCAGUGGAGAACAUCACACAUGUCACACUGCUGGAGUGCGAAGAAGGAGACCCUGACAACGUCAACAGCACUGCCAAGGUGGCAGUUCCUCCCAAGGAGCUUAUUCUAGCUGGCAAAGAUGCUGCGGCAGAAUAUGAUGAACUGGCAGAACCUCAAGACUUCCAGGAUGACCCUGACGUUAUCGCUUUCAGAAAAGCCAAUAAGGUAGGAGUUUUCAUCAAGGUCACCCCGCAGAAAGAAGAGGGCGAAGUGACCGUGAGUUUCAAGAUGAAGCACGAGUUUAAAAACCUCGCUGCUCCAAUCCGGCCCAGCGAGGAUGGCGAGCAUACCUCUGAGGUCAUCUGGCUCACCCAUCAUGUGGAGCUCAGCCUCGGUCCAGUGCUUCCAUAAACGCUCCCACCGCUUGCGCCCCGACGGCUGGCCACAGGAUGGACUGUCAGAGUGGAGGAGGCACCUGGUGAAACGUUCUGCGAGAGCUCCUUUGUGAUGUGUGGGUGUGUGCCACGGGCCCCGGCCGGGCCACAAGGAGGUGGCUGAGGGUGCCGUGGUUUGGGAUGGUUUGUUCUCUUCCCCCUCCCUUGUCGUAGUGCCCACUAAC